UCUUAGGGCGGAUUCGACCAAACAAGAGUAAAUUUUAUUCUCGGUGUAAAUCGCUACUUACUCCAGUAUAAAUCAAUUUCACGUUUUACCAACUACAAUUCGAGGAAUAACGAGUUUAUUCGGGAAUAGUCCCUAUACCGCCGUUCAGCGUGGAGUAGGGAGCAUAAUCCAAGAAUAGCAAAAUGGCGUCCUAUUGUUUUAAAGCUGUCAUUUGAAACUAACGCAACUCAUCAAGGAAUUAUUUCAAAAACUUAUAAUGCAACGUUUAAAUUGUUUGAUUCAAGAUAGUGAUAGUGAUGAGGAAGUUAUACCUAGACGUCCAAGGUGGCUAAAAGAGAGAAUAGAUUUAUUUGAAUAUUAUGAUGACCGUGAUUUUACGAUAAGGUUUCGUUUGAGCAAAGAAGCAACUUUGUUUUUGCUGACAAAAAUUGAACAUAAAUUGGAAUAUAUUUCAGACCGCAAUUUUUCUAUUUCACCAAUGAACCAGUUGCUGGGAACCCUGAGAUUUUAUGCAACUAACUCCACUCAAAUGCUUAUUGGUGACAUCUGUGGUUGGAGUACACCUACUGCUAAUAAAAUAAUUCACCGAGUGAGUGCCACUAUUGCUGCCCUGCACAAAGAGUAUAUAAAAUUUCCUACUACUCAGCAGGAGAUGAGGAAGGAGCAAGAUAAUUUUUACCAAAUAGCUCGAUUUCCACGUGUCAUUGGUGCUAUGGAUUGCACACAUAUAAAAUUAUCAUUUGUUCCUCUCCGGUGCCAGGUGGGAGGUGAACAAGCUGAAUUAUAUAGGAACAGAAAAGGUUUCUUUUCUAUAAACGUGCAGACAAUAUGCAAUACCAAUUUAGAAAUCACCGAUAUAGUAGCAAGGUGGCCAGGAUCAUGUCACGAUAGCACAAUAUUUAAUAAUAGUGUUAUUAAAGCAAAAUUUGAAGAUGGAUGCUACGAUAACUCAAUUUUGGUUGUUGACGGUGGAUAUGCCUCAACAUCAUACAUGAUGCCUCCAUUAGGGAGUCCAAGAACGCAAGUAGAGCAACUCUACAAUGAAUCCCAAAUAAGGACACGAAAUCCGAUUGAAAGAAGUUAUGGUGUAUGGAAACGAAGGUUUCCAGUGUUGGCACUUGGAAUGCGUGUGAAACUUGAAAAAGCACUCACAAUUAUAGUGGCCACCGCAGUUCUACAUAAUAUUUUACGGCGUAGAGGAGAAAUUUUACCACCAGAUGACCCAGAACUUGAGAUACCAGCCCCUUGGGAGCAAAUUAUCAAUGAUGGCCAAAUGUCUCAAGCUGUUUCAGGUGGGCCUGUGCAACAGCAUGAAGCCCGGGAUGCCAUUAUAGCUAAUUAUUUUUCUAGUUUGGUAUAAAAUAAAAGUACUUAAAACAA